CUCAAUGGUCUACAUUGUGGACGACAUCUUUGAUCUUGUCGCCACACAAGAGGAGCUCUCUCGCUUUAAUGAGGCGAUCAAAAUGUGGGAUCUUGCAGCUGCCGAGUCACUGCCGAGUUACAUGAUAUCAUGUUACAAGGCUCUUUAUACCAUCACAAAUGAUAUCGCUGAUAUGGUCAGAAAAGAGCAUGGAUUGAACCCUAUCAAUCAUCUCAAGCAAGCAUGGGCAACCUUGUUUGAUGGAUUCAUGAUCGAGGGAAAAUGGCUAUCUACUAAUCAGGUUCCUACAUCGGAGGACUACCUAAGAAAUGGUGUCAUCACUUCAGGAGCACCACUUUUAUUUAUGCAUCUUUUAUUCAUGCUUGGGCAUGAUUUAACGGAGGACAACAACGACCACAUCCUCAAGGUCGUCUCCUGCCCUGCGAAGAUCAUGAGGCUCUGGGAUGACAUGGGGAGUGCAAAGGAUGAGUUGCAGGAAGGGCUAGACGGAUCAUACAAGGAUUUGUACCAGAGAGAAAACCCUCAUGCUGAUGCGGAGAAGCACAUGUUGGAUAUGAUAGCGGGUGAAUGGGAGGAUCUAAACAGGGAAUACUUCUCUCAGACAAAGUCCACAAUACCACCUAGCUUCAUCGGGGCGUCUCUCAACUUUGCAAGGAUGGUCAGCAUCAUGUAUGGCUAUGACGAUGAGCAGAGGCUCCCCGCCUUGGAGGAUUACACUAGGAUGUUGCUCUUUUGAAUAAUGCAUGCUACCGUUGUGUAUGUAAGUCUUAUAUAUGUAGCACACCAAUUUUGAGGGUUGCCCUGUUGAAACAUGGACUAGUAUGAUGCACCAUUAGCUAA